CUCUCCACACAACCAAUAACAGACAAACCUACCACCACCUCUCUCUCUAAAAUCCCACUCUCCGAUUUUCUCUCUCUCUUACACGAGCUCUCACGCAACGUAAACUACCAGCAAACAAAAUCUAACCAACACGCUCCUCCCUUUUCUCACAAUGAACUCCUCCUCCUCCUCCUCCUCUUCCUCCUCCUCGCACACCCACUACUCCACCUCUUCUUCCGACACCGACACGCCACCGUCCUCCUCUGCCGCAGUCCGCCGUGCGCUACGGUUAAUCCAAUCCGAGGAUUUGAGUUUGAAAAUAGAGGCGGCGAAGGAUAUAAGGAGGUUAACCAAGACUUCUCAGAGGUGUAGGAGACAGUUAGCUGAUGCGGUUAAGCCGCUGGUUUGUAUGUUACGAGUUGGUGAUGAUGACUCAGUUGAAUUGAGCGAGUCGGCUCUCUUGGCUUUGCUUAAUCUUGCUGUUAAAGAUGAGAAGAACAAAAUCAGCAUUGUGGAAGCUGGAGCUUUAGAACCCAUAAUUAGCUUCCUUAAGUCACAAAAUUCAAUCUUAAGGGAGUGUGCAACUGCAUCUUUGCUUACUCUAUCUGCCUCUUCCAUUAACAAGCAAGUUAUAAGUGCUACCGGUGCCAUUCCUCUCCUUGUUGACAUCCUUAGAAAUGGUAACACACAAGCCAAAGUCGAUGCUGUAAUGGCUCUUUCUAAUCUUUCAACACACUCAAAUAAUCUCGACAUAAUUCUCAAGACAAAUCCAAUCCCUUCCAUAGUUAGUUUACUUAAAACCUGUAAAAAAUCUUCAAAAACAGCUGAAAAAUGCUGUGCUCUCAUAGAAUCUUUAGUUGGUUUUCACGAAGGUCGAACUGCGUUGACAUCAGAAGAAGGUGGAAUCCUAGCUGUUGUUGAAGUGCUUGAAAAUGGGUCUCUCCAAAGUCGAGAGCAUGCAGUUGGGGCAUUGCUAACCUUGUGUCAGAGUGAUCGUUUUAAAUAUCGAGAACCAAUUCUCAGAGAAGGUGUGAUCCCUGGACUUCUUGAGCUUACUGUUCAAGGAACACCCAAGUCUCAGUCAAAAGCGCACACAUUGUUAUGCUUGCUGAGGGAUGCUCCGUACCCAAGAUCCGAGCUUCAACCAGACACACUAGAGAACAUUGUGUGUAACAUCAUCUCCCAGAUAGAUGGAGAUGAACAAUCUGGUAAAGCAAAGAAGAUGCUGGCUGAGAUGGUGCAGGUUAGCAUGGAACAGAGCUUGAAACAGCUACAACAAAGGGCUUUGGUAUGUACACUACACCAAAAUGACCUCCCUAUCAGUGGUUGCACUUCUGAAGUAUCUUCAAAAUGACUGUUUUUGGCUAUCAGUUUGUGACUUCUUUCCUUGUGGCGUUUGUGAGAUGAUGUUUUCUUUGUAGAAAAGAGUGGAAAAAAAAGUAUAGUGAAGAAUGCCAGUCCAGGCCGUUGUCUAGGUACCAGGUGACUGGUGAGUGUCGAUAAUCUAGAAGUUGUAUGUGGUUGAAAAAUGUAGUUUUGUCGUUACAAAUUACAAAAGAAUACAAAACGGGGCUUGUAUAGUAACUGGUGUACCAAAUUUUAUACAAUUAGUAAAUUUUCCUCGCUUUCAUAA